AUGUGGGAGCUGGGCGAUCGUUUCGAGAACAUGCUGACCAAUGACUGGACCAACAUCAACCUUGGAAGCUUGACGUGCGUCAUGAACAGCGAUUCCGAGGAGGUCGAUGAGAAUCAAGUCGUCCCGAUGUCCUCCCUAAGGGACACGCUCGCGUUUCACAACAUCACCGAGGACGAGUUCUACUUCAAGUACCGAGACUAUCGCCCCGACUUCUACUUUCCGUUCCUCGACAAGCCCAGGCCCCCCCUCCCUCAAGCCUUUGAGGUUCAGCUGGACGAGCUGCUGGAAGACUUCGGUGAGGACGGGUUGGAGUAUGGCAUCUCCCAUGGCAUUCGACCCUUCACCGAGAGAGAUUGGAAACAAAACGCAAGCCAGUACGUGAUCCCAUGGCUGCUGCAGAACGCAGGGCGGAAGGCUUUCCCUGGAGAUUUCGACUCGAUCCGGCAGGCAGUGAAGGACAUGCGGCGAACGUACAACGAAACGCUGGUGAUCCAAGCAGGAGAUUACUGGACUUCGAGGAGGAUCGCCAUUCACGGCCCUCAAAACCCAAGAGAGAAGAAAGACUGUCAGGCCAUCACAUUGGCAGGAGGACCCGGACAUGUUAGAAUCUGGUCGCAGUUUGAGGUCGGAGGGCUUGCGGUGGGGAGGCAGAAGGGGUUGGCAAACGUGUACCUGACCAAGAAGAGUCCCAAGCCCACCGUGAUGUUGUGCGGAGAUAGUCAGUGGGGAUUCGAUCGCUGCGAGCUGAGGUCACUUGGAGGCGUGUCGCUGCUCGUCUGCCAGCAGGCUCGCGCCAUCGUUGAGAGAUGCGGACUGGGAGGAUGCGGCAAGAAGAUAUUCAAGGCGACAAACGUCAUGAGCGUUACCGACGACACAAUGGUGAUGGUAAGAGACUGCGUGAUGUCGUUUGCUGAAUUCGGAGGAGCUCGCUUCUACGGCAACAGCAAGGGAAUCAUGUCUCGAUCCCACGUCCACCACAUCGGCAGCUACGGGCUCCUCGUCGACGCCAACUCCAACGUCACAGCAUGGAACUGCACGUUCCAGAAAUGCUCUGAAGGAGCGAUAACGACAAGGUGA